CCAGAUAGCAGCACCGCACGUCUGGGCAAAACUGCGCGGCGAUCAAGAUCGAGAGAGAAGGAGUCGCGUUGUAUCUCUCUCUGUGUGAACGCAAAAAGCGCAGCCAUGGCUGGAGGAAGAGGACGAGGACGAAGAAGACCAAACAACAACAACAACAACAACAACAACAGCAACGAGGUUACUAGGAACAGAAGAAGAUCAUCGUCUGGCCGAGGUGGUGGUCUGUUUGUCGAGGGCGGUCUUUUGUCUGAUUGGUCUUUACCUCAAACCCCAAUAACAGGGAGGAAUCCGAGUUCGGAUAAAAAGAAAUCCGGGUCGAAAUCAGGAGGGAAUGCAGGUUCUGAUUCUAAAAGUGGGUCUCUAAAAUCAAAUGUCAAUGCUAUAGGAUACCGCUACCCUUCUCCUGAACUUCAGGAGGGUUUCACUUCAAAGUUCCGUAUUAAGGGUGACGCUGAGGAUGACAAUAUGGACGUGUCGAGCCCUAUGGUUUUAGUUGAUCUCAGUGAUACCCAAAUUUCAGCUCAUGCAGACCAGACACCAGCUUCAGAGCCCCAAGAUGUGAAAUUUACAUACCACUAUGGUUCAAGUUUUGUGUUAGGUGAAAGCUCUCAUAGAGGAUUGGGGUUCUCUGAAGAACUUGAGGAAACCCCAAGUGGGGUUGAAGCUACCUCAAAACAAAUGGAAGAACCGGAAGACAUGUGUUUUGGAUCAUUGUCAUCUGAGAAGGAUGCCAACCAGGGAAUUGAUUAUGAAGAUGGUGAUGAUAUGGCCGAAGAUCUGCCGACAGAGGUGAUGUCUUCUGAUGAAAAUGAAGGUUUUUUGUCAUUUGGAGGGAUUAGACUGUACACCCAAGAUAUAUCUGAUGAAGAAAGCGAGGAAGAUGAAAAUGGGGCGUCAUUGUAUGAAGGAAACUCGGAGUCUUCUGAAAGUGGAGAUUCUGAAGAUAGUUAUUCAGAUAUUGAUGAUGAGGUUGCAGAAGAUUAUUUAGAGGGAAUUGGUGGGAGUGACAACAUUUUACGUUCCAAAUGGUUGCUAGAACAACAAUUGGAUAUGUCUGAUACAGAUAGUUCUUCGAGUGGUGACUUUGAUGAGACUGUUGAGAAGUUGGGUGGAAUUGCUCUUCAGGAGGCGUCUAGGGAAUAUGGUAAAAGAAAUGCCGGUUCACAAAAGAAAUACAAUGUGACUGAAGGAUAUGCUCGGCCUUUGGCUAUAGAUGACCUAAUGCUUGUAAAGGAUCCCAGAAUUCGUUCUGCAAAAAAGAAGCCUGUCACUAGGUUUCCUCAGUCUUGGCCUUCGGAAAGGAGCAAAUAUUCGAGAAAUAUUCCUGGUACUAAGAAAAAACAUCGUAAAGAAAUGAUGGCUGUGAAGCGUCGAGACAGAAUGCUGCGCCGAGGUGUUGACCUUGAGCAAAUAAAUUUGAAACUAGAGCAGAUUGUUUUGGAUGGAGUAGAUAUGUUCUCUUUUCAUCCUAUGCAUUCACGGGAUUGUUCGCAGGUGCAACGAUUAGCAGCAAUCUAUCAACUGAAGAGUUCCUGCCAAGGUUCUGGCAAAAAGAGAUUUGUAACAUUGAUGCGGACACAACACACAGGCAUGCCAUCAGCAAUCAAUAAAAUUCGUCUGGAAAAGUUGAUUGGAGCUGGCAUGGAGGAUGAUGAUUUUUCUGUUGUUGAGCCUACUGGUGACAAAAAGAAGUCAGUGAGAAUCAGAAAAGGUUCUGGUUUGAAGGGACCUGAAUCUAAACAUACCGCCCAAAGAAAGACGACGAAGGUCUCAGCCAAACAUGGCAGCAGCAAAGCCUUUGAACAAAAAAGUAGUAGGAAAGUGGAUUCAUUUGCUGAUAAACCAGUAUCAUUUGUAUCAAGUGGGGUGAUGCAAUCACAGACUGAGAUCACAACUAUUGAUUCCGUGGCAUCACGGACUGAGAUCAUCACUAUCAAGUCAACAAUAGACGCAAGUUCUAAGAAUGAGGGUGCUGUUGGCUCAGCUGAUUUCCGCUCGUUUGAGGUACACACCAAGGGUUUUGGAUCAAAGAUGUUGGCUAAGAUGGGAUUUAUUGAAGGUGGUGGAUUGGGGAAAGACGGACAAGGUAGGGCAGAGCCUAUUGAAGCAGUCCAGCGUCCUAAAUCACUUGGAUUGGGUGUAGAAUUUUCCAACACCAUCGGUGUCCAGGUCAUUAAUACCCCAUCAAGACAGAACCCAGCAAAGAACACACCAGCAAAACGUAACUCAGCAAAGAGCAUGCUGGCAAAGAACAACCCAGUGAGGAACAAACCUCAAACUGAGAGAGUGGGAUCUUUUGAAAGGCAUACUAAAGGAUUUGGAUCAAAGAUGAUGGCAAGGAUGGGGUUUGUUGAAGGAAUGGGAUUAGGGAAGGAUUCACAAGGCAUCGUCAACCCUCUGGCUGCAGUCAGGCUACGAAAAUCCAGGGGGAUAGGGGCCUAAGGUCAGGAUGUUCGUGUUCGUGAAAUUGAAUACCCAUAAGUUAGAGGUUAAUUCAAGUACUCAUUUUCUUUCAUGUAACUCAUUUUGCAUAUACCUUGUUAAUUUGUCAUCAACUUAUCACUUGUAUUCACUCCCUACAGAUCUGUACAUUAAUUUGGUGUUGUUGGAAAUAAAACAUGUGGUACAGAGUGACCAUCUGAGGACACAAUGUGUCUGUCCUUUUUCCUGAUUUGC